CCCCUGGUAGUACCCCGAGGAGUGGUAAAAGUAAUUCAUGUCCUCCUGUUGCAGAUCAGGGAAAGCUGUAAAUGAGGCUGCCCCUUUAAGACAGAGACUGAAGUAAUCUGGUAGUUAAGAAGUCACAAUGACAACUUUCUUGGGUAAUUCUCCUUGGAAAUGUAGUUAUUACCCUUCAGGACCGAAGUACAGAGGAGGAGAGCCAGUCUUCUCAGUUUGGGAGGUGAGAUGUAGACAGUUUAUGCUCCCCUGGAUUUACUUUCCAAAAUCUAGAUGUUUCUGCCUUAGAGAACCAGUGAUAUUUUGUUUGGACUGUUUUCUAUCCUGUGAGGGAUGUAGAGUUUAGUGAAAGGGAAGAAUUUUUUUUUGAAAUGUGGCCUAAUUUGUUCAGUCCUAUUUUUAAAAUGUAGGAGGGAAUGUAGGGGAAAAAGGUCCUGGCCCAAGAGCCCCUGUAAAACCUAUUGCUGACAGAUACUAUUCAUCUGCUGGAAAAAGCACCUGCAGCCUGUGUGCAGGAACAUUACUUUGCAUUUCUGUUCAGAUUUUACAGGAACAUGUGGAUCCCAGGCAGUGAGUGAUUAGACAUCCUCUAGGACCCACACUCAUACAGAGAGGAGAUGGUCGCUUGGAAAUGGACAUGCUAAAGGACCUUGAGUCCCUGCAAUUUGAAUAUGGGAUUCCAGAGGAAAAUCGUACCUGGCUAUAUUUGCAGGGCCGUUCUUGGGGACUGAUGAUCGAGGCCUGUGCCCAUGCAACGUUCUUCUGCAAGCUAUUCUACAUUUUGAGGCAAUCAUUAGAUGACAGUCAGAGCUCUGCGGGUCCCUCAUCUAGAUCAUCUGAUCUGGUGAUUUCUGACGAGUCAUUGAAGGUGGGCAUCAUUGGAGGUGGCCACCUUGGGAAGCAGCUGGCCCAGGUGCUGCUUCAGCUUGUUCCCCUCCCUGCUGACAGCCUGCGGAUCUCUACUCGGAGGCCGGAGAUGCUGGGUGAGGAGUGGUCUGUGGUAGAAAGGGGCUUGGGUGUGGAGUUCAGGUCUUGACAGAGCCAUUUUGAAAGGGUCCCUUGAAAGAGGAAUACUUGCGUGCAUCAUGCUCAGUUCUUUUGGGCUUGCUCUCCCUGAGCAAAGCUAGAGAGAUGGCUUCUUAACUUGUUCCUUAAAACAAUUUCCGUCUUCAUUUUGUUUUAUAUUCAUGUUUUAUAUCCAUCUCUCCUCCCUGUGCCCUUGCUCUGGGUUUUCGAUACGGGGAAACUUUCCAAACAGGUCACAUCUUCUAAAGUGACCAGUUAAUAGUCUGUGAGAUGUCAAAUAGUCCCAAAUAUUUGGUCUUGUUUUUAAGAAUAACACUUACUGAAUUUUAAGAAAAUGUUUUGUAAUGAUUCCAUUUGCUGAUCUGUGGUGAUAUAAAUCAGAAUAGUGGUUGCUUCUGGAGAGAUUACUAAGAAGGGGCCCUAGGGAACUUUCCUAUAUCUUGAGAGAGUUACGAGCGUGUAUGUAUCAGUCAAAACUGAUCCAACUUUAUACUUAAGAUUUGUGUGUUUCACUUUAUGUAAAUUAUAUUUAAAUAAAAAAUGUAAAAUAUUAUUAUGCAUAUUGUAGAAAUUUAGAAAAUACAGGGAAAAAACCUAUAAGGAAGAAAAUAAUGACUACCUAUAAUCCCCGCAUUAGGGUUAUAAUUUCCUUCCCAUUUUUUCUAUGAUUAAGUCAGUAAUUGUCACUGUACAUAAUUGUUUGUAUCCUGCUUUUUUCACUUAGUGUAUCAUGAACAUAUCUCCAUACAAUUUAACAUUCUUCAGAAUCAUGAUUUUAAGAUUGUAUAAUAUUCCAAAGUAUGAGGACGUAUCUCCAUACAAUUUAACGUUCUUCAGAAUCAUGGUUUUAAGGUUGUAUAAUAUUCCAAAGUAUGAGGGCACCAUAAUUUAUAUAACUGUGCCUUAUUUAGUUGGAUUUCCUCAUACAUAAUUUUCAAAAUACAAUUACUAGGUUAAAGAAUAGGUACAGCUUUAAGAUAUAAUUUGUAUAUAAUGAACUGCAGCUAUUUAAAAUGUACAAUUUGCCAUUUUGACAUGUGUACAUAUACACCUGUGAAGCCAUCACCACAGUCAAGGUAAUGAACACAUACAUCAUCCCCAAAGGUUUCCUUGUGCCCCUUGGUGAUUCUCUCUCUACCUCCCUUCAUCACCACCCACCAAGGAAAUCACUUAUCUGAUUUCUGUCAUCAUAGGUUAGUUUGCAUUUUCUAGAAUUUUAUAUAAAUGGAAUCAUACAGUAUACACUUUUCUUUUUGUCUGACUUCUUAUAUUUAGCAGGAAUUAUUUUGAGAUUUAUCCAUGUUUCAUAUAUCAAUAUCCUUUUUAUUUCUGAGUAGUAUUCUUUUGCAGGACUGUUCUACAGUUUGUUUAUCCAUUCAUCUGUUGAUGGACAUUUGAGUUGAUUCCAGUUUGGGGCUAUUAUAAAUAAAGUUGCUAUGUACUUUUGUGUACAAGUGUUUGUGUGGACAUGUGCUUUCACUUCUUUUGUGUAAAUACCUAGAAGUAGAAUGGGUAGGUCAUAUAGUAGGUGUAUGCUUAAUUUUUAAACAAACUUCCAGUAUGUUUUUUCAAAUUGACCUUCAAAAAAGGUUGAUCAAGUGUGAAUUUUCACCAGCAUUAUAUAAGAAUAACCAUUUCUUACAUACACCCUUGUCAAUUCUAGGUAUCAUUUCUAAAUUUUUUUAAAAUCACCAUUUUACUAUGCCUUUUAGAAUUUUCUUGUUUUAAUAUAUCUUUCAUUGAUCACUGGAAGACUUUAAUUUUUCAUGUGUUUAUUGCUAUUUCAUCUUUUCUGAGUUGCUUUGCCCAAUUUUUCUGUUGGAGUACCUUUAUUUUUGUUAUUGAUUUUGUAAGUGUUCUUUCUAUAUUAGGAACCUUAAAAAAAUUUCACCACCCAAUGCAGAUUUCACCACCCAUUGCAUUAAUAAUGCAGAUUUGUUAAUCUCAUCAAUAAGACCAGUAUAUGUGAUAUUGCAAUGGAAUGCAUAAAUUCUUUGGGAAGCAGUUUGUUUAUCCAUAGUAAAAAUUACAGUGUUAGAAUAUUAAUACUUGUGUAAGGAGAAAUUAAAAAUGCUCAGUAUCAGCUUCUGUUCACUUUUGAUAACAACACAUUAAUGAAUGAUGGAUGUGCAUGUUUUCUAAACUUCCUCUUUGUCCUACCCAUCUUCCAGGUUUAUGAGUAUCCAGAUAACCUCAGCAUCAAAUUUAUCAUGUACUCUUGGUGGUUAAGAUAAGAAUUCACCUCUCCAAUGUCUGUAAUAUUCUCUGUUUUCCAAUAACACUUAAAACAUACUACCAGAUGUGAGUUUACAUUUUAAAUAUUUACUUUCGAAAAUCCAUAUUGCAAUAAGUACAAGCAAAUGAUUACCUACCGGUGAGUGUUUUUAUGCAAUUGUAUGAGUUAUCCCAUUUCUCUCUACAUUUAUAGAAAUCCAGUUAACAUUAAAUUGGGUAAGUAAAUCUUUCCAAAUUCCUCCUAGCCUCUCUGCCCUAUAUUCUUCCACUCUCCUAAGCUUUCCCACCAACUCAUGCCAGUUAGCCAUGUAACUUUGGGCAAGUCACAUAACUUCUCAGUCUCAGCUUCCUUAUCUGUAAUAUGGGAAUAACACUAGUCUCUACCUCAUAAGGUUCUUGUAAGGAUUACCUUAGGUAAUGUAGAUAAAGUUCUUUGUACAUUAUCUGACUCAUGUUAGACAUUCAGUAAAUUGGAGAAGACUUCUUUGAAAUUUUUUUUUCCUAAAGAAAAAAAUCUGAAAAAGUCCAGUGUUUGUUCUAAAAGUAGGAUAAGGAUGAAUUAUUUUCUGAUCUCGAGCACUGCUGCUUUAAUAAUGGGGUUAGGGUGCUGCUGCAUGACUUUUAGAAGGCUUGUGGCAAUGUCUUAUGAUUUAUGUGGGGACAAGAUAUCAUCUCCUUGUAACUGAUGUU